AAAAAAGGAAAGCAAAUGUAUAGAUAAAAAUGAUAUAUGCCAGUUUUUUGUUGGAAACCAAACUGCCCUCUCAGUAUGUAAGUUUCUCUUUUAUGGCCCUCUUGAUUCAGCCAUUUUAAUAAAAUUCCCGUUCAUGCACACAUAGAAGUACACAGAUAUAAGAAGCUGUGACUUGUUUUAAUGCGUCGCAGACGCGGAAAGACCUUUUUUCUCUUUUCUUUUUUCAAGUAUGGACCAUAUCGCAGUGCUCAUUAACGAACAAAAAUACAUUGACUUGUUUGAGUACUGUCAACAGCUCGAGAUUCAAAGCGUUACAGAUGUAAAUGUUGACUUGCAAGUGGUGUAUCCCAUUUACUUGGCAAGUAGCGUGUUUAUCAAUGACUUCCAAGCUGCACGAUAUAUUAGAAAGCGUAUAAAGAAGCGUAAUAUAAAUACAGAACAAAUUGAAGCUAUUUGGAGAGUGAUUGCAGCCUUGAUAAAUAAGUCAUAUCCAGAAGCAUAUAAACAAAUGAAUUCUUUUGGGUGGACAGAAUGGAUGCAAAUAUUGGUGACAAGAAUAAAAGAGAAGCUAAGGAAUGAAAUGUUGUCGUUGAUACCCAAGGUUUAUAGUUCAAUUGACCUAUGCCAAGUGAGUAACCUGUUUGGGGUACAAGGAAACGAGCUUAUUACAGAGUUAACAAACAGGGGAUGGAAAUGUGAAGGGAAUAUGGUUUAUCCAGUAAAGCAAGUUUCAAUAUCAGUCCCAAAGAUAGCAAAUGAGAAUCAAUAUUCUAGAUUAGCAGAUAUUUUGAUUCAACUUGAAAAGUUUUAGCUCCUUAUUAAUAAACUCCUGCAGCUUGAGUGUUGUUUAUACCAAAUGAAGCAACCAUAGUGAUUACCCGAUCAGUAACAAGCAUAACUGUACGACCAAUGCGACAAUCAUAAGACCGAAAAAGGGAUCUGUAACAAUGAAAAGAGCGACAGUUGGGGGCGUACGUUUAUUACAAAAGAAUGAUUGAAUUCAAUCAAUCAAUUUCUUUUUUUUGGAUAUUAGGAAAAGGAUUAAAAAUAACUUUUUUGAGUGAAAUGCAAGCAAAAACAACAGC